CUGCUCUUGAAAUUUUCUCGAGAUGAAAAUAUUCUUAGCACUGACGAAAUUCGAGAGGAAGUAGAUACGUUCAUGUUUGAGGGACAUGAUACAACAUCCUCUGGUAUUUGUUUCGCGUUGUAUUGUUUGGCUGAUCAUCCAGAAGUACAAGAAAAAGUUCUCCAAGAACAGAAAGAUUUAUUCGGUGAAGAGAAAAAUCCUGUCAUAACUUACUCAGAGUUGCAGAACAUGAAAUAUCUAGAACACGUUAUCAAAGAAAGCUGUCGUCUCUAUCCUCCAGUGCCAGAAAUUGGCCGAUGUACCACUGAAGACAUAGAAUUUGAUGGCUGCUUGAUUCCCAAAAAGACCAACAUCAUUCUUUUCAUUUAUGGUUUGCACAGAGAUCCAAAGUAUUUCCCGGAACCGGAAAAAUUUAUUCCUGAAAGAUUCGAAAAUUUUGACGUUUCGUUUCCAUAUGCUUAUAUUCCGUUUAGUGCCGGUGCACGAAAUUGUAUUGGUCAAAGAUUUGCUAUGUUGGAAAUGAAAAGUAUCAUUUCGAAAAUCGUGAGACAUUUUGAAAUAAAACCAACUUCUCCAAGGCACGAAGUGAAGUUGUCGGUGGAAGCUGUUUUGAAAUCAGUGAAUGGAGUCAAGGUUUCACUUAAGAAACGACCUUGUGUACACAAGUACCCAAUGUUGUUCUUUGUAAUUUUCAUUGUUUCUCUUUCACUCUAUUUUCUUCUAAAGAAAAGCCGAAAAAAAGAUGGCUUAGAUAAGUUCCCGGAACCACCAGCACAUCCCCUUCUUGGUCACCUACCCCUAGUAACUUCAUCUACAAGUGUAAUAAGUGUCAGCAUGAAAAUCAUCAAAGACCAUGGAAAAACCGUAAGAGCGAGACUAGGACCUACAUUUUUUCCCCUACGAACUGGUCUUUUCACUGCCGACUACCAUCUAAUCGAGUUUAUUUUGAGCGGGAACAAAGUUUUGAACAAAACGGAGAAUUAUCAAUUUUUUAGAGAGUGGCUGGGAAAGGGACUCCUGAUAAGCGAUGGUGACUAUUGGAGAAGACACCGAAAAAUUUUGACGCCGACGUUCCAUUUUGACAUUCUGAAAGGAUUUGUCGAGGUUUUUGAAUCAAUGGGGGAUGUAUUAGUCGGAAAAAUGGAAAAAUAUGACGAAACGCCGAGUUUGGAUUUGCAUCCAUUUGUCACGUUGUGUACUCUGGACAUUAUUUGUGAAACUGCCAUGGGUACAAAAAUGAACCUCCAAAGUGGCAAAAACUCUCAAUACGUUCAAAGCGUGAAACAAAUGUGUCGAAUUGUCAUCGAAAGAGCUUUUUCGCCUCUAAAAAUUUAUAACUCUACUUUCUGGUUGUGCAAAGAUUACUAUCUUCAAAAGAAAGCGUUGAAAGUUUUACACGGUUUCACAACGAACGUCAUCAGUUCCAAAAAAAGUAAGCCCAUUUUCGACAACACGAAAAGACUGGCUUUUUUAGACUUGCUUCUAAAAUUUUCUCGAGAUGACAAUGUUUUCAGCAAUGAUGAAAUUCGCCAGGAAGUUGAUACUUUCAUGUUUGAAGGACAUGAUACAACAGCUGCUGGAAUUUGCUUCACGUUGUAUUGUUUGGCUGAUCAUCCGGAAGUGCAAGAAAAAGUGUUUCAAGAGCAGACAGAAUUGUUCGGAGACGAGAAAAGUCCGGCCAUAACUUACUCAGAAUUGCAGAAGAUGAAAUAUUUAGAAAACGUUAUCAAAGAAACAUUUCGUAUUUACCCCCCGGUGCCUCAAAUCGGGCGAUACACAACUGAAGAUGUAGAAUUUGACGGUUGUUUGAUUCCCAAACACACCAACAUCAUUCUUUCCAUUUAUGGUUUACACAGAGAUCCGGAUUAUUUCCCGGAACCAGAAAAAUUUAAACCUGAAAGGUUUGAAAAUUUUGGCGGUUCCUUGCCGUACGCUUAUAUCCCGUUUAGCGCUGGUUCCAGAAAUUGUAUUGGUCAAAGAUUCGCCAUGUUGGAAAUGAAAAGUCUUGUUUCGAAAAUUGUGAGACAUUUCGAAAUAAAACCAACUUCACCAAGACACGAAGUGAAGUUGUCUGUAGAAGCUGUUUUGAAAUCAGUGAAUGGAAUUAAAGUUUCACUUGUGAAACGACUUUGAUACGAUUUUUAGUUUCUAUUUUGGUUGUUGCUUUAUUACAAUGUGUAUGUUUGGUUGCCGACCUAACGAAGGUCACAUCUUUGUCUGUCAAAAACAACUAUUAAUAAUAUGUACAAAAAUUUAAAUUUAAGUGUUUAGCGAUAUUGUACUUUUAACAAUUCUUUCUUAACAAAAGGAGUAUUGAAAUUUUUAUGGAAAAUAUCGAACUGAUUAUUAUUAGAAAUACUAUUAUAGAAACGAAAACAAUUUUAAAUAAAUGAUCUAUAGUUAUGUCCACUAAUUCUAAGUUAUCGCAAAAAAAUGGUGAUCAAAUUAAAGCAAGUCGCAUUUAAUAAAAACUAAAAUAUUAAUUCAGGUAUUCAAAAUGAGUUACAAAAGCAACCUAUAUAUUUCUC